GGGAGCUCGGCGGCUCCGCGCACCCCUCGCCGGGAGCCGCCGCCGCCGCUGCUGCUUCUGGCUCCGGGAGGAGUUCGGGCGGCUUGGUUGUCAGCAGAACUGGGUUUCCGCAAGGCUGCUUUUUCUUCUUCUUUUAAAUUUUUUCUCCCUUUUUAAUUUUUUUUUUUCUAAAUUCUUUAUUUUUUUUAUUUUUUUUCGCGAGAAUAUCGUAUUUCCCCUCCCCUCCCGUCGGCAUCCCGCUCCGCAGCAGCGCCCGCCGCCGCCGCCGCCGCGGGGCACGGCUAGGUGUGUAGGUCAGAAUCACAGUCAUAAAGAGGGAGGGAGAGGCCGCCAGAGACCACCCUGCCCCCGGCGACCCGAAGGAUGCUGCUGCGGCGCCGCUGCUAGAGGACACGCUGGGAUUCAGCUCGUGUCCGGGACUCGCUCUCUCCCUCUCUCCCCUCUUCCUUGUUCCGCAGAGGGGUCCCUGCCGAGGGUGAGGCCCUUCCACCCGCGCCCCUCUUCCUCCUCCUCUUCCUCUCCCCCGCGGCUCCGCUCCCCGCGGGCAGCCCUCUCCAUGAUGCAGGCUCGCUACUCCGUCUCGGACCCCAACGCCCUGGGAGUGGUGCCCUAUUUGAGCGAGCAGAACUACUACCGGACGGCGGGGACGUACGGCGGCAUGGGCAACCCCAUGAGCGUCUAUUCGGGCCACGCCGAGCAGUACGCGGCGGGCAUGGGGCGCUCCUACGGGCCCUACCACCCGCACCAGCCCGCAGCCCCCAAGGACCUGGUGAAGCCGCCCUACAGCUACAUCGCCCUCAUCACCAUGGCCAUCCAGAACGCCCCCGACAAGAAGAUCACGCUCAAUGGGAUUUACCAGUUCAUCAUGGACCGCUUCCCCUUCUACCGCGAGAACAAGCAGGGCUGGCAGAACAGCAUCCGCCACAACCUCUCGCUCAACGAGUGCUUCGUCAAGGUGCCCCGCGACGACAAGAAGCCGGGCAAGGGCAGCUACUGGACCCUGGACCCCGACUCCUACAACAUGUUCGAGAACGGCAGCUUCCUGCGCCGCCGGCGCCGCUUCAAGAAGAAGGACGUGUCCAAGGAGAAGGAGGAGGCCCGCGAGAGGCUGCUGAAGGAGCAGCCCAAACCCCCCGGGCUGCCCGGCUCCGAGCUCCCCAAGGAAGCCUCCUCCUCCUCCUCUUCCUCCGCCUCGGCUCCGGCCUCCGAGAAGAAGGUGGUGAUCAAGAGCGAGACGGCAUCGCCGGAGCUGCCGGUGAUCACCAAGGUGGAGACGCUGAGCCCGGCCAGCGGCGGGGCCCUGCGGGACAGCCCCCGCAGCGCCGCCUCGCCUCCCGCCGCCUCCCCCGAGGGCUCCCUGCCCGAGCAUCACCCCGCCGGCAACGGGCUGCCGGGGGGUUUCAGCGUGGAGAACAUCAUGACCCUGCGGACUUCCCCCCCGGGGGAUCUGAGCCCGGUGAGUGCCGCCUCGGGCCGGACGGGGGCCGCAAUGCCGCUGGGCUACCCGCCGUCGGGGCAGCCGUCGGGUUACAGCGCGGCGUGCAGCCAGGCGCUGGACGCUAGUGGGAGCUACCACUGCAGCAUGAGGGCCAUGAGCCUGUACAGCGGCGAGAGGCCGGGCCACAUGUGCGUGCCCCCAGGGCCGCUGGAGGAAGGCCUGGCCGAGCACCCCACGGGGGCCCCGUCGCCCCUGGGCGCCCUGAGCCUGCCGUCGGGGCAGGAGGGAGCGCUGGGAGCCGGGCAUCCCCACGGCGGGGGGGCGGCGCAACCCGCAGCCUCGUGGUACCUCAAUCACGGAGCCGAGCUGAGCCACCUGCCCGGGCACACUUUCGGCACCCAGCAGCAGACUUUCCCCAACGUCCGGGAAAUGUUCACGUCGCACCGGCUCGGCAUGGAGAGCGCCUCGCUCAGCGAGCACCAGAGCUAUGAAGCAGGGAGAGAGGCAGAGCGAGCUCGUUGAGGCAGGGCUGGGAUCUGAGCUCGCACAAAUAGCUCCCCGGCGGACUCGCCCCAGGUUCCUGCCCUGCCCUGGCCCUUCGCUGGGCUCCGAGG